UAUAAACCCUACAGCUGCACUGUACACGCUGCAUCUCCCCCUCCUCUGAUCUUAAAAGUUCUUACUAUAAGCUAGGGGUGGCGAGUGUCUAUGAGCUGUGUGGGAGGGCUGAGUGGAAAGAUAUCCCACAUCAGUUGUCUGUCCGUUACAGAGGAAACAUUGGAUAAGGAUGUCUGCCUUUUUCUUCCUAUUUCCCUUCUUUGCCACAGCUCUGAGUGUGGACCUACAACCCUACAGCCAUAGUGCCAUGCUGGAUGGGCAGGGCAAAUACAUGUUGCACUGGAGGCAUCAUGGCACUUCAGUCACCUUCCUGCUACAGGUGGAGACCUUAGGCUACGUCGGUUUUGGAUUCUCUCCCAAUGGGGAUAUGGCUUCUUCAGACAUUGUUAUUGGAGGAGUGGAAGGAGGCAAGCCCUACUUGCAGGACUUCUAUUCAGAUAGUAACAGAAUUCUUCACAGAGACCCACAUCAGAACUACUUGCUAGAAUAUGCUAUGGAAAAUGGCACAUACACUAUUCUCAAAUUUAGCAGAGACCUCCAUACAUGUGAUCCCAAUGAUAAAACAAUAACAGAAAGCACAAUCAGAGUUAUUUGGGCAUUCCACAAUGAGGAUUUUGGACAGACUGGUCCCACUUAUCAUGGACUAAAUAAAGGUCGGAAAAGCUUGCGUUUACUUAACCCUGAGAAAACAUAUAUAAAACCAGUGGAUGCACCCAGUUUUAAUUUCACAAAUAGGAACGUAAGUUUAAAUGUAUUUAUAUGUUUUCUUCUGUAUAAGACAGUAAGCAUGGCAUUUUGUUGUUUCUCUUGUAGAAAUGGGCCGAUAAUAACUAGUGGAAAGUCAUUAUGGAGGUUAAAUAUAAAAAUAAUCACACACAUUUCCUGCAAAAUUUCCAUUUUUUAACUAAAGUGUAUGAUUAUCUAUACAUGCUUACAUUACAACAAAAGUGAGCUUUGUGCUCUGAAAUGUAUUUUGUGCAGGAAAUAAAUUCUGCUUGCAGAUAAUUUUAUUUGCUAUGUCUGCUGCCAGGCUCUCCAUGCUUCAGUUAUUAAGCCAAGCAAAGGGCCAUUUCUUUGAUAAUAUGACAGUUCCUAUCAAAAUGUAGGCAAUUAUUGUGUAAACAGAAGCUUAGAAAUUACAAAUGUAGAUAGAUAUCUUCCUAAUUACAGCAAUGCCUUUAAACCGCCUCUGGUUGAAUUUCAGUUUUACAUUUGAACUGGAGAUUUUAAUUGGAUUAGUUCUACACAUACUAUUUGAGUUAUUUUACUGGUUUGAUGUGUACAACAGUAAGGGCUGAGGGGUAAAUAUCCAGACCUGAUUCAUCUCAAAAGCAAACAUUUUUGGAUUAGACAGUACUGUGAAACUGCAUAAAAAUAUAUCACCAUUUAUUAAAAAAUGUCUGCAGUACAUUUCUCUAUUUGUAGCUAACACAUUUAAACACCAAUUCAUUUUGCACGGGUAGAUUUCCAUUGAACAGACAGUUAUUGAUAUUGUUGUGCCAAUAAUAAAAACAUCUAGUUGUUGAGAAACUUCAAUUCUAAGCAUUGAACAUUUUUAGAACUGCACAAGAGCAUGCCAGUAAAAAAAAAAUGUGUGGACAUGUUAAAACAUCAAAUACAAAAUAAGUAGGAUCUUAUUUUGAGGUUUGCAAGAUUUACCUAUAGACUGAUUUCAUUAUAAUUUAUUUACUUCAAAAAUAUGUUAGUGUCAGGGGGUUAUUUAUCAAAGGUUGAAUUUCGAAUUUAUGUGAUUUUUUUUUACUGUAAGAAAUUUGAAUAUACUCACAACUCGA